UAACGUGCGUGACGUCGCUUCCUUCCAACAUGGCGCAGCUAGGCAGGUUGCUAAUGGCAAUCUGAGGGAUUUACCCCACCUUCUGUCUUUAUUUAUGUCUGUAUGUUAGGGCCACUGCCGCUGUCCUCUCGAAUAGAACACAUCGGUCUGGAACGGCUGCUGCCCUUGGGACAGGUACUGCUCCUCGCCCCAAUUCCGGCGCGCCAUGUAUGAAGGCAAAAAGACGAAAAACAUGUUUUUAACCAGAGCUUUGGAGAAGAUCCUGGCCGACAAAGAGGUUAAAAAGGCUCACCAUUCGCAAUUGCGAAAAGCCUGCGAGGUGGCACUCGAGGAAAUAAAGGAAGAGUCUGAAAAAUUAAGUCCUCCUCCAGACAGCAAAUCAGAUUCUAGCACUCUUCCGCCAAUCAAAUCAAAGACCAGCUUCGUCGAGGCCGACAAGUACUUCCUGCCGUUUGAGUUGGCAUGUCAGUCCAAAUGUCCCCGCAUCGUCAUCACAUCACUAGACUGUUUACAGAAGCUGAUAGCGUACGGCCACCUGACAGGCAGCGGUCCAGACAGCGCGGCCCCGGGCAAGAAGCUCAUCGACAGGAUCAUCGAGACCAUCUGCGGCUGCUUCCAGGGACCACAGACAGAUGAGGGGGUGCAGCUACAGAUCAUUAAGGCCCUGUUGACGGCGGUGACCUCCCAGCACAUAGAGAUUCACGAGGGCACGGUGCUGCAGGCGGUCAGGACCUGCUACAACAUCUACCUAGCCAGCAAGAACCUCAUCAACCAGACCACAGCCAAGGCCACACUCACUCAGAUGCUCAACGUCAUCUUCGCCCGCAUGGAGAACCAGGCACUUACAAAUCACAAGAUAUCUUGGUCUCUGGCUUCCAGAAAACGUGACCGCCAGCUCCAGGAGGCCAAGCAGAUGGAGAGGGAGAAGCACCGGCAGCACUCCCCAGUCACCCAGCAACAGGAACAGGAACAAGACUCGCCCCAGCUCCAGCAGCACACCUAUCCCACAGCCAAGGGCCUCCCUCGGGAGGCCAACGGCCCCACCACCCCCUCUACACCCACGCCCACCUCCACCCCCUCCACUCCCUCCACUCCCUCCACAUCUAUACCUGCCCCGGCCCCUAAGGACAGCACGGCUGGGGCAGGGGACCCCCAAGAGGGCCAGGGGGCCACGGAGGAGAGCCAGGGGGCCACAGAGGAGGAGCAGGCAUUGCAGGGGGAACCGGGGACGGUUUAUGAGAGCACAAACCCAGAGAAUGGCUCUGAGUUCAGCACAGCAGAGAACCACCAGACAGAGGCAGACCAGCCCACAGGGUUGGGUGCCGCUCAGCAUGAUCAGGAAGCAGUAGAGGAGGGGGAGGAGCCUAACUAUGAGGAGAAACCCCAGGAGAUCGUCCAGAACAUCCUAAAAGAGGUCGUCAAUACUGUUGUUGGAGAUGCCAUGGAGUCCGCUGGUGAGACCGAGCUGCCCACAGAGGUCACGGAACCUGCUAAGGUCAUCAAUGAGGUCAUCACCAAGGCAACAGCAAUCACAGAGAUGGUAGAAGACGAGGGGGACAGCGAGAACGUCCACGCCAAUGGAAUCCCCGGCACGCCCAUCUCUGCCAGCUUCCCUCCGUCGCUGCCCGAUGACAGGCUGUCUGUCUCCUCUAAUGAUACACAGGAGUCGGGAGCGACCACAGGCCCAGUACCAGGUGCUAAGUUCUCCCACAUUCUCCAGAAGGAUGCCUUCCUAGUGUUUAGAUCGCUCUGCAAGCUGUCCAUGAAGCCUCUGUCAGAUGGUCCCCCAGACCCAAAGUCCCACGAGCUGCGCUCCAAGGUGCUGUCCCUCCAGCUGCUCCUGUCCAUACUGCAGAAUGCUGGGCCCAUCUUCAAGACCAACGAGAUGUUCAUCAACGCCAUCAAGCAGUACCUGUGUGUGGCACUGUCUAAGAACGGUGUCUCCUCUGUCCCUGAAGUCUUUGAGCUCUCGCUCUCCAUCUUCCUCACUCUCCUCUCCCACUUCAAGACCCACCUCAAGAUGCAGAUCGAGGUGUUCUUCAAGGAGAUUUUCCUGUAUAUUCUGGAGACGUCAACAAGCUCCUACGACCAUAAAUGGAUGGUUAUACAGACCCUAACCAGAAUAUGUGCAGAUGCCCAGGGUGUGGUGGAUAUCUAUGUGAAUUAUGAUUGUGACUUGAAUGCUGCUAAUAUCUUUGAGAGGCUGGUGAAUGACCUGUCGAAGAUUGCACAGGGCCGGGCAGGCCACGAGCUCGGCACAACACCACUCCAGGAGUUGACCCUGAGGAAGAAAGGCCUGGAGUGUCUGGUGUCCAUCUUGAAGUGUAUGGUGGAGUGGAGUAAGGACCAGUAUGUCAACCCCAACUCCCAGACCAGCCUUGGUCAGGAGAAGCCCUCGGAGCAGGAGACCAAUGAGACGAAGGCCCCGGAGACCAUCAACCAAUACGGAAGCAUCAACUCGCUGGACUCCACAGCCUCGUCUGGCAUCGGGAGCUACAGUACACAGAUGUCAGGGACAGACAACCCCGAGCAGUUUGAGGUUCUCAAACAACAGAAGGAGAUCAUCGAGCAGGGCAUUGACCUGUUCAACAAGAAACCAAAGAGGGGCAUCCAGUACCUCCAGGAGCAAGGUAUGCUGGGAACCACCCCGGAGGACCUCGCUCAGUUCCUGCACCAGGAGGAGAGGCUGGACUCGACUCAGGUGGGUGAGUUCCUGGGGGACAAUGAUCGCUUCAAUAAAGAGGUCAUGUAUGCCUAUGUGGACCAGAUGGACUUCCAGGGCAAAGACUUUGUCUACGCUCUCAGAACAUUCCUCGAGGGCUUCCGUCUCCCGGGAGAGGCUCAGAAGAUCGACAGGCUCAUGGAGAAAUUUGCUGCUAGAUAUCUAGAAUGCAAUCAGGGGCAAACUGAGUUUGCAAGUGCAGACACUGCGUACGUCCUUGCCUACUCAAUCAUUAUGUUGACAACAGACCUUCAUAGUCCACAGGUUAAGAACAAGAUGACUAAAGAACAAUACAUCAAGAUGAACAGAGGGAUCAACGACAGCAAGGAUCUACCGGAGGAGUAUCUGUCGGCCAUCUACGACGAGAUCGCAGGGAAGAAGAUCGCUAUGAAGGGGACCAAGGAAAUUACUCUGAAAUCCAACAAGCACAGUGUGGCCAGUGAGAAGCAGCGGCGGCUACUGUAUAACGUAGAGAUGGAGCAGAUGGCUAAGACAGCCAAGGCCCUGAUGGAGGCUGUCAGUCACGUCCAGGCUCCCUUCACCAGCGCCACACACCUGGAGCAUGUCAGACCCAUGUUCAAGCUGGCCUGGACCCCGUUCCUAGCAGCCUUCAGUGUGGGCCUCCAGGACUGUGAUGACACUGAGGUGGCUUUUCUCUGUCUGGAGGGAAUACGCUUUGCCAUCCGGAUAGCCUGCAUCUUCACCAUACAGCUUGAGCGGGAUGCGUACAUCCAGGCCCUGGCACGGUUCACCCUGCUCACAGCCAGCUCUGGCAUCACUGAGAUGAAGCAGAAGAAUAUCGACACCAUCAAGACUCUCAUCACCGUCGCCCACACAGACGGAAACUACCUGGGCAACUCCUGGCACGAGAUAAUGAAGUGUAUCAGUCAGUUGGAGCUGGCCCAGCUGAUCGGGACGGGGGUGAAGGCCAGGUACAUCUCAGGGACGGUUCGGGGGAAAGAGGGCUUCAUCAGCAGCACCAAGGAGCAGAGCAACGAUGAAUACCUGGGCCUGGCAGGUGGGACAGUAGACCGGAAGCAGAUCCUCAGUAUCCAGGAGUCCAUAGGAGAGACCAGCUCCCAGAGUGUGGUGGUGGCUGUGGACAGAAUAUUCACAGGUUCUACCAGACUGGAUGGUAAUGCAAUUGUGGACUUUGUGCGCUGGCUGUGUGCUGUGUCUAUGGAUGAGCUGGCCUCGCCCACACACCCCCGCAUGUUCAGCCUGCAGAAGAUAGUGGAGAUCUCCUACUACAACAUGGGACGUAUCAGACUGCAGUGGUCCAGGAUCUGGGAGGUCAUUGGAGACCACUUCAACAAGGUUGGAUGUAACCCCAACGAGGACGUGGCUAUCUUUGCCGUGGAUUCUCUCCGGCAGCUGUCCAUGAAGUUCCUGGAGAAGGGAGAGCUGGCGAACUUCAGAUUCCAGAAGGACUUUCUGAGGCCUUUCGAGCACAUCAUGAAAAAGAACAGAUCGCCAACGAUCAGGGACAUGGUGGUGCGCUGUAUCGCCCAGAUGGUCAACUCACAGGCGGGAAACAUCCGGUCGGGCUGGAAGAACAUCUUCUCAGUGUUCCACCUGGCUGCCUCGGACCAGGAUGAGAGCAUCGUAGAGCUAGCCUUCCAGACGACGGGCCACAUCAGCAUGAAUGUAUUUGAGAAGCACUUCCCAGCCACCAUAGACUCGUUCCAGGAUGCAGUCAAGUGUUUGUCUGAGUUCGCCUGCAAUGCCUCCUUCCCCGACACCAGCAUGGAGGCCAUCCGUCUCAUCCGCCACUGCGCCAAAUACGUCUCUGACAGGCCCCAGGCAUUCAAAGACUACACCAGCGAUGACAUGAAUGUAGUCCCAGAGGACCGGGUGUGGGUGAGGGGGUGGUUCCCCAUCCUCUUUGAGCUGUCCUGCAUCAUCAACAGGUGCAAACUGGACGUCAGGACCAGGGGUCUGACGGUGAUGUUUGAGGUGAUGAAGACCUAUGGACACACCUUUGAGAAGCACUGGUGGCAGGAUCUAUUCAGGAUCGUCUUCAGGAUCUUUGACAACAUGAAGCUGCCUGAGCAGCAAACUGAGAAAGCAGAGUGGAUGACGACGACCUGUAACCACGCACUUUACGCCAUCUCUGACGUGUUCACGCAGUACUUUGAGACUCUCAGUGACGUUCUGCUGGAUGACAUCCUGUCCCAACUGUACUGGUGUGUUCAGCAAGAUAAUGAGCAGUUGGCUCGGUCAGGCACCAACUGUCUGGAGAACGUGGUCAUCCUGAAUGGAGAGAAGUUUACUCCGGAGACCUGGGACAAGACCUGUAACUGCAUGCUGGACAUCUUCAAGACCACCAUUCCACACGCACUGUUGACAUGGAGACUAGCAGGAGCAGAGGGAGAUCCCAUGACACCACAGGAUGUAUCAGACAAACAGCUGGAUUCAAUUUCCCAGAAGUCAGUGGACAUCCAGUCCCGUUCCGAGGACCAUCAUUCCAUCAACAGUGCGGAGAGGAUUGCCAUGGAGACCCGACGGCAGAAUCAGUACAGCGCAGGCAUGUGUGAGGACAGCCCCAGAACCCGGACUCCAACAAAGAUCCAGGAGCAGAGGUUAUUCUCAGGCUUGCUCAUUAAGUGUGUAGUGCAGUUGGAGCUGAUCCAGACCAUAGACAACAUGGUCUUCUUCCCUGCAACCAGCAGGAAGGAGGAUGCUGAGAACCUGGCUGCUGCACAGAGAGAUGCUGUGGAUGCGGCAGACGUCCGUGUCGAGACUCAGGACCAAGGAAUGUACCGCUACCUGACCUCAGAACAGCUGUUUAAGUUGCUGGACUGCCUGUUGGAGUCCCACCGCUUCGCCAAGGCCUUCAACUCUAGCAACGAGCAGAGGACCACUCUAUGGAAGGCAGGUUUUAAAGGGAAGUCAAAGCCCAAUCUGCUGAAGCAGGAGACCAGCAGUCUGGCGUGUGGCCUGAGGAUCCUGUUCCGGAUGUACACUGAUGACAGCCGUCAGACCGCCUGGGAGGAAGUCCAGAGACAGCUGCUUAAUGUGUGCAGUGAGGCAGUAGCCUACUUCCUGACUCUAACAUCAGAGAGCCACAGAGAAGCCUGGACCAACCUGCUGCUCCUCUUCCUCACCAAGGUCCUGAAGAUCAGUGACGACAGGUUCAAGGCCCAUGCGUCCAGGUACUACCCUCUGCUGUGUGAGAUCAUGCAGGUUGAUCUAAUACCAGAACUGCGGGCCGUGCUACGGAAGUUCUACCUACGCAUCGGCAUCGUGUUCCAGAUUGCCCAGCUGCCUGGACCACCUGCAGAACCAGAACCAGAGCUGGAAGUUGAGGUGGAGAGGGGGGAGGUGGCUGGAGAGGAAGCCCAGUGAUGGUGCACGUGUAGCGGGCUGGCUGCGAGACCUCUGACUGGGGAAGCCUGGAGUUCUGGAAGUCCUCCUCCCCUCUUGCCUUGGGUUUGUCUACCAACCCUUUAGAACUAUGGUCUCCCAUCCCCCAGGGUACUAUGAAGGGUGCAUCUGACCAGACUUCACUCUUCUGGAUUUGGCAGUUACCCAGAAUCCACAACUAACGGUACAGGAAACUCCAAGGUGUCUCUACUGUGAACCUGACUGGUCAUGUGACAGAAAAUGCCAACUCCCAUACACACUACAUGGCUAAAAGUAUGUGGACAAGUGCUCGUCUAACAUGUCAUUCCAAAAUCAUGGGCAUUUAUAUGGAGUUGGUCCCCCCUUUGCUGCUAUAACAGCCUCCACUCUUCUGGGAAGACUUUCCACUAGAUUUUGGAACAUUGUUGUGGAGACUUGCUUCCAUUCAGCCACAAGAGCAUUGGUGAGGUUGGGCACUGAUAUUGGGUGACUAGUCCUGACUCGCAGUCAACAUUCCAAUUCAUCCUUAAGGUGUUUGAUUGGGUUGAGGUCAGGGCUCUGUGCAGGCCAGUCAAGUUCUUCCACAACGAUCUCGACAAACCAUUUCUGUAUGGAUCUCACUUUGUGCACAGGGGCAUUGUCAUGCUUUAACAGGAAAGGGCCUUCCCCAAACUGUUGCCACAGGAUCGUCUAGAAUGUCAUUGUACACUGUAACGUUAAGAUUUCCCUUCACUGGAAAUAAGGGGCCCGAACCAUGAAAAAGCCCCCAGACCAUUAUUCCUCCUCCACCAAACGUUUCAGUCUGCACUGCUCUGGGACAGGUAGCGUUCUCCUGGCAUCCGCCAAACCCAGAUUCGUCCUUUGGACUGCAAGAUGAUGAAGGGUAAUUCAUCACUCCAGAGAACACGUUUCCACUGCUCCAGAGUCCAAUGGAGGUGAGCUUUACACCACUCCAGCUGAUACUUGGCAUUGCUCAUGGUGAUCGUUGGCAUUUCAUGAAGCUCCCGAUGAACAGUUCUUGUGCUGACGUUGCUUCCAAAGGCAGUUUGGAACUUGGUAGUGUUGCAACAGAGGCCACACGAUUUAAUGCUCUGCGCGCUUCAGCACUCUGCGGUCCUGUUCUGUGAGCUUGUGUGGCCUACCACUUCGCGGCUGAUCCGUUGUUGCUUCUAGAGGUUUCCACUUUACAAUAACAGCACUUACAGUUGACCGUGGCAGCUCUAGCACGGCAGAAAUUUGACGAACUGACUUGUUGGAAAGGUGUCAUCCUAUGACGGUGCCACGUUGAAAGUCACUGAGCUCUUCAGUAAGGCCAUUCUACUACCAAUGUUUGUCUAUGGAGAUUGCAUGGCUGCGUGCUUGAUUUUAAACACCUGUCAGCAACAGCUGUGACUGAAAUAGUCGAAUGCACAUACUUUUGGCCAUGUACUGUAUCAGAGGAGGUUGAAGUUGCCCCUAGACACUGAUCUAAGGCCAGUUUUUGCAUUCCCCCUUAUGGUUAAGGUUAUAAUAUUGGGAGGUCAAACUGAUCCUGGAUCCUAUGGGCUACUUAUAUACCCGAAGCCCCUCAUAUCAUGGAUGAAUGGCUUGGCCUUGUACAUGAAGAUCUGAUUCUCUAACGACUGCAGAAUAACUAUCACUCAGAGUCAAAAUAUAUUUAAAACGGGUUUGCUUCUUGACAUUACUGUAUCCUUAAAAGCGAUUCUAGAGAAUGAAAUGGCUACACGUACAUCAUGCAAUGCAAUUGAUGAAUAUUCAGUGAUAUGAAAUGUGACAUUUGUUACUCAAUGAUAAUUCUGAUCUUUUCCUGGCUGCACCGCUGAUGGCUAACGUUAGCGGCAAUCACCUCGUGGAUGAAAAAACCAAGUACAGAAAAGCCGCUUUGUAAUAUAAUCUGAUAACACUAGAUUUUAUUUGUGUUUUGUUUAUUUUUUUCCACAGGAUUUUGCUGCACUUGGGGCUCGAUUCAAUCAGAUCCGUUUUAGCUGACAUCCGCGUAGCGGUUGUAUUGACGGUGUCAGAGGUGGAACUGCAUUAGAGCUGUCAAAUCCAUAAGUGACUCCUGGCAUUAUAUCUAAAGCAGACAUUGCCAAUGGCUGCACGGAGUCGCAUUAACACACAUCCCAUGCAGCCUUGUUUACAAGUUGGAACGUGAGAUGUGAUCUACACCUCCAUUAGGCUGAUAGAAAUCCUCAUGAUUUAGUUUAUGAUUUCUAUCUAGCGUACACUUUCUCGUUGUUAACUAACGCGAGUGGGGCGGGUGUGGCAAUGAUCGUAAGAGCAGCUGCUCACCGAUUUGAGGGCUCCAACGCAGUUCCACCAAACAUCUGCUAUGCGGGUGUCUGUUAUUGCCAGGUUAAUGCUGAUCUGAUUGAAUCUAGGCCCUGAUCUCAUUAUUGACACUGGAGAGUUUGACUUUUGUGAUAAUUGAUUUACUGGACCACCUCCUGCAGAUUGUCCUAUAUGAGAUUUGUAAUUGAAUGACGACACGACAGAACGCGAAGGGUUAAAAUAUUCAAUUGAUAUGUUCUGAGGCUUUUUAACUGAUAGUCGAUAACUGGGCUCUUCCUAAAACUGGGAGGAAAAAGAGCAACUAUGGGCCUGUUCAGGAGUUUGCAACGUUACACAACACUCAGCUAGAAAUGUAUUGUGUAGAUAUGAUUUUCUUUCAUGUAAUGAAAGUAAUUAUCUGCUCUAUCUGCAAUGCUUCUGGAUAGGCCCCUGAUGUGAGCUGCUUCUGAGUCACAGAUAUGUUUAUGUUUGAAGUUAGUUUUCAGUGUGUACAAAUUAGAAUAAAUUAAUAAUAUAUUUAAUUUUCUUUGGUUUGGGGACAUGCUGUAUGUAAAGGGUAAAUGAAGAAUGUUAGCUGUGCUUUAAAAGAAGACUUCUGGAUGGUGUGUGGAUUGGAUGUAUUCCUUGCUCACGGAUGUAGAAAACAAAAUGUAUAUGGUACAGAAAUGUAAAGUUUUCUAUGUUGAAAAAAUACUUCUGUACAACUUCCUGUACAAAACUGGUCAUCAUCCGACAUUCUAAUCAGGUUAUAGGUCAAUAAAGUUUUUGAACUUGA